AUGAGCGCCCAAGCACCAGAGGGCGGCUCCGCGAGAACCCGUUUGCAAGGAGAUGGAGCAGCAGUCUACGGCACUUUGCCAAAUGGUGUUGUAAGAGUUCCUGCACAAAUGGAUGCUGGUGUGAUGGGGCAAAGUGGACAGCAGCUUUUGGAAAAUCCAAAUCUACUUGAUCCCGCACCCACCGCUGGUGAUCUGCAAGCUGGAACGACUAUGACGUUUGGUGAGAGGCCUACGCAACCGGAGCGGGUGGAACCGGCGUAUCAAGCAGUACCGGACCCGAGCGCGAACGUUAUAAACGAACAAGUUGUUUUAGCUGCACCUCCCGUUGUGACGGUGAGAGAGAUGACAACUCCAAUGACUCCUACGAGUUCAGCCAUGAGAGUGCAAGAGUUUUAUUCUGCAGAAAGUGGGUCGUCGGGACCAGAGCAGAAUGGAGUCAGAUGGUUUGCACGAGUGUCGGAGUUUUUGAGGACUACAGCGCAUCGUGGAGUUGAGGGUAUGGAUCGUGUGCUGGAGAGUUUCCGUAUUCCAUCGGUGCCCCAACAACGAGCAAUGAGGGAGAUCCAGGUAAGAGCCUCUACAGGUACGCCUUUGAAUGUUUCGCCGCCUGAAGAGCUACCUGGACACGGUCCUGCUUUACCUCCUCCUGUUCCUCUGUCGUGGGCAGCUCGGCCAAUGGAGCCUCCGCUGUUCGAUGAAAGGCAGCUGGAACAGAUGCGACAAGCCCAGCGAGAUCAUCCUUGGAUAUAUGGACACCGGGCUCAGCAGUCAGAGCCGGAGUCAGAAAGAUCCUCAAGACUUCAGGCUGAAGUGCAACGUCAGCUAGAAGAGUAUACUGUUCGACACCAAGAGCAAGUUCAACACCUGGUUCGUGAAGUGGAACAGCUGAGGAAUGAGCGAAGCUACUGCUACCACAAGCACCUACAGUACCUCAAGGGAAUCCUCAACAGUCUGCCCACGAAGGACAUCCAGGAGCUCUACCAGAACAGCAGCUUCACCAAGGCCCUGAAGUAUGUCAUCGAGAUCAUGCUCCGCUACCGCGGGCACCUACAGUACCUCCAGGGAAUCCACAACAGUCUGCCCAUGAAGUCUGCCCACGAAGGUCGUUUUUAUGAGCAUGCACGCGGUCAAGAGUCUGGUCCUACCGAUGAGCAUGCACGCGGUCAAGAGUCUGGUCCUACCGAUGAGCAUGCACGCGGUCAAGAGUCUGGGGUGCCCGAUACCAAGAACAAUCAGGCUGCAGGAGGCAGAGCACAAACGGCUUCCUCAAGAGGAGCGGAUGCUGGGCAAUCGGCUCAGCAAUGGCUAGGUGGAAGUGCCCCUAGUGACCCAAUGGCUCUCUUAGCAGGGGGUAUGGCUCAGCUCCAAGCUGUGAUGUUGAAGCAGAUGGUGCACGACAGUGAAAGAGAUAAAACGAGUCCUACGAGCCCGGAGACUGUCAAACCAGGCACGCUAACGCUUCCUCCUCUACCUCAGGUCAAUCCUCAGACGAGCUCCGUGGACAUUAUGGACUGGCUGGAGGUGAUCACGACUCCCAUGCAGGACCUCUCGGAUGGAAGUGCAGAGUGGUGGUCUAAGGUGAGGGCAGCGGCAACGGAAGCCUACAAUGGGUGGGCCAGUGCGUCGCCGGUUGAGAAACUGGUGAUACAACCUCCAAAGGAGGAAGAGCUGGAGUCGGGGAGGUGGGGGAGAGUGAACUCCCGAGGAGCUUCGAUGGUGCUUCUCGCCUUGCACGAGUCGGUCAGACAAGAGAUGGUUCAGAGGAGGUCUACGGGAUCAACAUGUGCUUUGAUAUUCCGUUUGAUGACGCUCUACCAGCCGGGUGGGCAGCAAGAAAGAGUGCAUAUACUUCAGAGUUUGCAGUCUCCAGAGGCAGCAGUUACCCCCCAGAAGGCUGUGACAUCGUUGAGGGCAUGGGCAAGGUGGCUUCGUCGGUGUCGAGAGCUCAAUGUGACCGCCCCUGACCCAAGCUUGCUGGUCAGAGGUUUAUCCACAAUAACAAGACAAGUGCUGGAAAAGGACACGGAAGUGAAUUUCCGCACAAGCUUGGUUCGUAGCACGCUGUUGGUAGACACAAAGCCAUCCUACGACUCAGUGGAGAAGUACCACCAUCAUUUGUUGGCGGAAUGUGAAACCAUGGCAGUUGCGAGCUCUACGUUAACCUCCACCACUACCCCGCAGCCUACAGCAACCGGCGCUCCAAAGCCAGAACCGAAAAUCAAGCCUAUGAGGACGGACAACAAGGACAAUAUCCCCGUUCCGCCGCCGCCACCGAGAACACCCUCAGGAGACCGAAGUUCUGGAGAGGACACCGAGAGGGCGGCGAAGGCGAGUGUUCCCUGCAAGUUCUACGGCCUCACCUACAAAGGAUGUGCCAGAGGAACAAAAUGUCCGUUUAAACACUCGUGGGAGGGAAAUGAGAAGGAGAAGCAGAACAGAUGCUGGACCUGCGGUGGAAAAGGCCACUUGACGAAGGACUGUCACACCAAGAAGCCAGGUACGCAAACACCGGGAACACCGAAAUCAGCGCCACAGAAGCCACCUGCUACACCAACCCCGGCGACUUCCCAGUCUACAUCAACAAGCAAGACUGUUCGCAUUGACGAUGUUCCUCAGGUCGAAGCUGUGCCCCCCAGGACAACAGCCGAGUCUUCGGCUUCGGAGGGAGCACCACAGGUCGACUUAAAGGAAGUGCUAGCCGAUGUGGGAAAGAUGUUGAAGUCUAUGUCUGCCGUGAACAUCAGAAAAGCUUCGGUGUUGGAGUUGGGAUUUCAAGAGAAGAUGAACCAGGUGGAAGCGGCGUUGAGGACGUCGGUAGUGGAUAAGAGUACCACCAUGAAUGGUUUGUUGGACAGUGGAGCUAGCCAUGCAAUGCGCGAGGCAACGGAGGAGGAGUACCAGAAGGGCCACCCUGUAUCUGUCACCUUAGCUGGGGAAGAUGUACGUCUUCUACGACAGAACUUGCAGGGGACGGUGUUGAUUAAAAGCGAAGAUGGACAGCAGGUACAACCGAUAGUGCCACUUGGACCUGUCAUAGAAGACCUUGGCUGUUCUUUGAGAUGGAAGAAAGGUUCUUUGCAGCUCUACCACCCGAAGCGUGGAAUGAUGAAGGUGAACCUUGUGAACAACUGCCCAGAGCUGCAAGUGAAGGAUGCUUUAGCCCUUAUUCAGGAACUGGAAGCCAAGCAUAUCAGGCUUCUCAACGACCAAGUGGAAACGUUGAGUGCGCGCUUGGAAGUGAUGAAGAAGGAGGUGCAAAGGCCCUGGGAUGAGCUCUUAAAGGAGUAUGCGGCCACCGGAAGCCAGGCGACCCUUUUCAAGGUGAUCCACACAUGUCCCGUGACCAAGGACCUCCCUGAGGAUGUCAAGGCCAUGUUGAUUGAGGGUUUCGAUGUGAAUUCUGGGGAGCGCUACUUAAAAGACCUUCCGUUGACUCGAAGGAAGAGAAGGGCCUUGAUGGCGCAUAAUCAGUGGGUUGUCAACCUCAACAGUGGCGAGGACAAGGGAGGAGCGGACCCCUUUGAAAUGAUCGCCAAGGGAGGAAAAAUCCUGCUGAACAUUGACUUCAAGAACUCCAAGCUGUGGGAUGUGAGUAAGAGAGAGGGAGUUUAUCGAAUGCUUUUAUGGGCAGCCUCUCAAGGGAAGAUUUCGGAUGUGGUCUCAGCGCCCCAGCACAGCACUUGGCCAACCUCCCGAAAGAACCAUCGUGAUCCUGGCCUAUAUGAUCUUCGAACCCAAAGGGAACCAUAUGGACAACCAGAUUUGCCUCCUCUACAGCAACUUCGUGUGAACAAGGAAACGGCUGACUGUGUGAAGCCGAUGCUGAUCUGGAUGUUGGCCAUGAUCAAAGGACCGGGAGAUGUGGGUUUUGCAAUGUGUUUUCCUGCGGAUGAGAUGGUAAUAAGAUCGGGAGAUUCCCCAAGAGCAUCGUUCUGGGAAAGUGAACUGUGGAGGUCCUUCCGUUCGAUUACCAGUAUGAAGAAGACUUCGUUCAACAUGGGAGCCUACGGCCAUCGUUCCCAGAAUCCGUUAUCUAUCGCCACGAACUACAAGGAUUUGAUCAACCUCAACGGGGUCUAUGACUAUGAUCAAAGUUGUGUUCCUCCUUCCUUGUUGAGCCAGGAGGAGAUGAAUGCAUGGUCCAAUGGUUUCAAGGCCCUGGUCGUAAAGGCGAUUUUGAGUGACUACCACAAAGUUGCCAACCUCUACUCCGAGAAGGACAACGGCGUGAAAAUAGGGAAGUUAACGAAAGAGCAAGAAGAUCAAUGGCGCAACCACUUGCUCAAUGAUCAUCAGCCUUAUCGGGCUGAUUGUUCGGUGUGCAUCAAUGCGCAGGCCACCGGCUACCAGCACCGAAGGAGGUCUAAUCCUUCAAUGUACACCUUGGCUCUAGACCUUGCUGGACCUUUCAAGCAGCCGGGGAGGGAUAUGGACCACGAGGAUUACAAGUACAUACUAGUUGCAGCUUAUAGGUGCCCCAGGAAUUACCUCUCUGCGAAGGCCCUUGGUGAGGUGGAACGUGAACUAUAUGUUCCAGAUGACCCCGAGGAAAGUGCCGAUGAUGUUAUGGAAGAGGAACCAGAACUACUACCUGGAGGCGAAGACGAACCCAGUUCUGACGGUGAAGACCGAAAACUUUGUGGUCCCGAGACUUUGGAAGAUGCUGUUCAUGAGCUGGAGAAGCCUGAGGAACCGAUCACGAUCUACAUCACAAGGCCGUUAAGGCGGAGAACGGCAACGCACGUCCUGAAUGCCACCAAAGAGAUCUACCUGCAAUGCAGACAAUGUGGACUUCACAUUUCUCAGAUCCACUCUGAUCGCGCUCGAGAAUUUCGGGCGAAAGCAUUCAAGGAGUGGGCGGUGGAUAUGGGUGUUAGAUGUACCAAAACCGCAGGAGGCGACCCAGCGGGCAACAGUACGGCGGAGCUUGGGAUCAAGUGGGCCAAGAGUCGGGUUCGGGCACUGAUCAAAAGUGCUGGAGCUCACCCUCGGGAAUGGCCAAUGGCGAUUGCACAGGCUUCAGCUGCUUUAUGGGUCAAGGCCUUUCCAGAUAGCCCGUGGGCGGCGAGACCGGCAACUACGUUUGGCAAUGAGGCAUGGUUCAGAUCAAAGACCUACCAGGGGAAGGCCGAGAAGAAGCACGACGCAGCGGGAACGAGGUGGAAAAGAGGAUGGUAUCGUGGACCAACUGUUGAUGUGAAGCGAGGCCACUUGAUUAUGAGAGAAGAUGGAGGCUUGACUGUGGCUAAGAGUGUCAAGUUCAACGUGAUAGACCCUGAUCGAGACCUCCCCGCUCUAUUACCACCCGCUAUAGCAGAGGACCUACCUGAUGAACUACUAGCAGCCCCAGGACCACCAACACGGCAAGAACUUCGAGCUGAAAUUGAGUUUCGUGCGAGAAAACUCAAUGAUGAGAAGCAGUUUGCGUUGAAGGAAGUGACCCAGCUCUACGACCUCUUGGAAACCCUUGGGGACAGUGAUCGGAGGAUUUCAAAGAAAACCAGGGUGACUUCGUGGUACACGGGUGCCUUUGUUCAUGGGGGUGUUGCGGGAGUGAGAACCAACCUCAAGGACUUCCCGAAUACUUCUAAGUACUUAGUGAACGUGGCCAAGCACUAUGUGGGUGAGGCCCACUUCUCGGCGGUUGGAAUUUCAAGGAAUGCUCAGCUGGGUCUUCAUCGUGAUGUUCACAACUAUGCGAAGGCCAAGAACUAUGUGAUGCCCCUAUGUGGUUUCGAAGGAGGCGAACUUUGGGUUCAAGAUGAUACAGCGGGCGACGGAGAAUCAACCACAAAAAUCUUGCCUAACGGCAAAGUGAUCAAGGGCAAGAUCCUCAAGGCCCCCGAGGGUGAGGUGAUGAGUUUUUCUCCUCGAUUAUGGCAUCAAGUUCAGCCUUGGGAAGGUACGCGUACGGUGAUGCUUAUGUACACCCCGAGGGCAACGAGACUCACAGAAGCCCAUGUGGAGCAGCUGGAAGAGGCAGGCUUCAACAUUGACAAGGAGUCAUUGAUCAAAGGGGACAGCAAUUCUUCGGAUGAGGAGGAGGAUCAAGAGUUGGUUCAAGUCAAAACUCUUUCGAAGGACAGUGAGUUGCUCCCGCCUGCAGUGUUUGAGGAAAUAGAAACCUCGGAGAUGUUCGGCUACGAUGGUGAACACCCGGUGAACAUGAAGAAGAUGAUCCGGAAGGCCGAAGUACAGUAUACUCCGAAUGUUGAGGAGAUUCUGAGGGAGUGCGAGCGCCAAGGGAAGCAGCUGGAUGUAACCCACACCGUGAGUUUGGGAGAUGUCAAGAAGAACCUUGAUAAAUGGAGAAGUUCAGCCCUCAAGGAGUUCCACAACCUCACUGAAGUGAAGCGAGCUUUCAAGGUCGUGAAGAAGAGUGAGUUACCUCGUGGAUGCCGGAUUGUUCCAUGUAAGGGUGUCUACACAACAAAACCAGACAAAGGCCCUCAAGGAUAUCGGCGAAAAACAAGGUUUGUUGCGUGCGGGAACCACAUUUCAGAGAUGAGUUCAGAAGUUGAUCUUUACGCAGCUGGACUAGAUGCUACUUCGUUGCGUACGAUGCUGGCGUUCAAUGCAAACCGCAAAUGGCGCAUAGGAACUACCGACAUAAGGCAAGCCUUUGUCCUAGCCAAGUGGAAGGGACAGCCUGUGGCUUUGGAGCCGCCUGGAAUCGCCUAUGAGCUGGGAAUUGCCGAGCCGGGCGACAUGUGGUUUGUGGAGCAGGCCAUAUAUGGAUUGCGGGAGUCGCCAGCCCUUUGGUCUCAGCAUAGGGACAACGAGCUUAAAGCUGCGCGAUGGAAUGCCAUUGUGGAUGGAGAGGAAGUCACGCUGAAGCUUGAGCAAAUGAUAACGGACAACCAGAUUUGGAAGAUUGUGAAGGAGAACUCUGACACAGAACCCCUGGGAUAUCUGUUGGUGUACAUUGAUGAUCUGUUGAUUCAAGCUCCAGAGAAUAUCAUGCAGACUUUCUUUUCAUGGGUGGCUGCCAAGUGGGAAUGUGAUGAUCUUGACGUUCUUUCCCCUGAACAUUCCAUCCGCUUCUUGGGCAUGGAGCUACACAGCGUCCCAGGAGGAGUGGAAGUUUCCCAAGAAGGAUUUAUUUCAGAGCUGCUGAGGGCCUACCGCCAUGAUGGUUCAAGAUCAAAGUCGCAAGGCUCAAGAGAAACUCUGCUUCUUUCGGUUGAAGAGGAGGAAGCUUUGAUUAAGGGCGAACUCGAUUCUCAGCCCGGCCAGGAGGAGCUGGUGAAGCUAGCCCAGAAGAAGGUUGGAGAGAUGCUUUGGUUGUCGGGCCGCACAAGGCCUGACAUCCAGUAUGCAACGGCGGUUAUGGCGAGCCGAGCAACACGAAGCCCAGAAAUAGUGAUCCGUAUAGGAGAAAGGCUGCUGGACUACUUCUGCGAAACGCAUCACUACAGAUUAUCGUUUGUGGAAACUGCCCAACCGGAACUCCGGGUUUAUACAGAUUCAUCCUUCGCUCCGAGUGCGGGUCGUUCACAUGGAUGUGCGGCAGUUUUUUACGGAGAAUCCCCGAUUACAUGGAGGAGCUCAAGGCAGGCCUUGAUGACUAUGUCAACGGCAGAGUCAGAGUUGAUUGAAUCCAUUGACGGGGCAACCCUCGGAAUAUCAUGCCGAGGACUGUUGGAAGAACUGACAGCAAGGACAAUCCCUCUCUACCUCCACGUGGACAAUAUGGCGGCUUGCUCAUUACUUACAACAUCCUCCGGAAGCUGGCGCACUCGCCACUUGAAGUUGAGAUCAAAUUGGUUGAAAGAAAAAGUUUCUUCAGCUGAAAUUCGAGUGCGACAUGAACCGGGCGACAGCCAACGAGCAGAUUUGGGGACCAAACCUUUUACCCGGGAAAGACUGAGGCAGCUGGUUGCUAUGUGGUCCAUUGUUGAUCGGAGAGCGACUACGGAGUCCCAUCAAAGACGGGCUCAGGUGGAUCCUACAUGGCUACAGCGUCUCCUACUUCUUUGUCAAGUUUGUGGGACCGUUGCAGAGAAGCCCGGAAUAGAAAGUGAGAUACCAUGGGACUUGUACCUCGUGGUUUUGGUGCUCGCGAUUGCGGUGAUUGGUUUGUGGGAAGGAUUCAAGGGAUGUUUGAGGAAAAGAGAGGUCCGUUUGAAAGCGCUCAAGGCAAAGGCAACCAGAGCUAGCAAAAAGCAGCUUACAAAAGCCGAGCUGAAGGAGCUACAGCGGCUUCUAUCCUUGGACCCCGGUGAUCUGGACCAACAGCAGAAAGUUCGAUUGGUGGAGCUCAAGGAACGUUUUUCAAAUACUAUGCCAGAGGGAACCUCUCCGAUUCCACGGUUCCCUGAGCCAAUCUACCCUGAUACCGUCCUUGGGGAGCCCGCUUCGUCAUCUACUACAAGAGCGAGCAACAAGCAGCCCAAACCACCUGCAAGGACUAUGGAACCUACAACUCGUGAACAGGGAGUGCAGGCCAACAUUGAGCCAGCCUUUCAAAGAGUUCUUCCUACACCGCCGGUACAACGAGAAGUAGUGGCAGGACCGUUCUAUCAAGUUCCCGGCCGAGAUCACUUGCAUGUUUUCCGUGAGUGUUGGGGACUUAGAAAUGCCGGAUCGGUCCAGCAAGUGACGUUGUGCAGAUGCUGUGUAGAGAAUGGAGGCCGACGCAUAUACUGA